GACUGUCGCUGAACAAAUGAGAUGUCGGGAAAUACUAGCGAGUUAAAAAAAGAAGAAGGAAAAAAUAAGAAACCAUGCGGAGUCUAACAGGAAAGGUUAAAUAGCUAUCAGUUUACAAUCCGCUAAAGAUAAUUUAUAACAGUUUCAUACGACGAGAGGCGGUCUGUAUUUAUCUGCUAACAUUAGCCUACGUUCCAAGUUCUCACAAACUAUCAGACAGAGGAAAAAACAGAUGACAGGUUAUAACCUAGACCGGCUUUUUCUGAAAUGAUGCUUCCACUUCCAUCUGUUUAUCGUGGAAUAUUCAGAACUGCGAUUCGCAAACUUAAGUCAAGUAGAAACCCCUCUCUCCACCGGCUCCUGUCUGAUUGUGAUGGAGUUCAGACUGGGCUGGCGGAUGCUGACACCAUCUUUGCGUUGUCRUCAGGCCAUGGCAGGUGUGGGGUGGCCGUCGUACGUGUCAGUGGUCCUGCCUCAGCGACAGCCUUAAGGCGUAUGGUAGGGUUCACACACCGCCUGCCUCCUCCACGAACUGCCCUGUUACGCAGCAUCACAGACCCCUGCUCCAAAGAAGUACUGGACCGUGGACUUGUCCUGUGGUUUCCAGCUCCUCACAGUUUCACAGGAGAAGACAGUGUAGAGUUCCACAUCCAUGGUGGUCCUGCUGUUACUGCUGCUGUUCUACAUGCUCUGGGAAGCGUGCCUGGCACGAGGCCUGCUGGAGCUGGGGAGUUCACGCGGAGGGCUUUUCAGGCAGGGAAGCUUGAUUUAACAGAGGUGGAGGGUCUCGGGGACCUGAUCCACGCAGAGACAGAGGCUCAGAGGAGACAGGCUCUGCGACAGAUGUCAGGAGAUCUGGGACGACUUUAUCAGGACUGGAGCCACAGACUGAAGMGAUGUCUAGCCCACGUCGAGGCUUUUAUAGACUUCAGCGAGGAUGAGCUCAUUGAGGACGGGGUCUUAGACCGAGUGGACAGCUGGGUGUGUGGUCUGCAGGCAGAGAUGGAGGAGCACCUGAAAGAUGAGAGGAGAGGGGAGAGGCUUCGCAGCGGCGUCCAGGUGGUCAUCGCAGGAGCCACCAACGCAGGGAAAAGUAGCCUUCUCAACACACUCUGCAACAGACCUGCAGCCAUCGUGUCUCCCAUCGCUGGAACCACCAGAGACGUAGUGGAGACGGCGCUCGACAUCGGGGGCUUCCCUGUCCUCCUGAGCGACACAGCUGGCCUCAGGGACAGCUCAGACCUGGUGGAGCAGGAAGGGGUCCGUCGAGCMCGAGAAAGGGUUCAACAGGCUGAUCUGACUCUGCUGGUUGUGGACUCCACACGUCUUCCGUCUGACGUACAACAAGUUGCAGGUUUCCUCUCAGACCACCUGAAGACUGUGCUGAAACAGCCUGAGACGGAUAAGUGUCUCCUGGUGCUGAAUAAGACUGAUCUGCUGCCUGAGGCUCAAACAGAGAAGCUGAAGCAGGAGCUGAGACGGGUCUCUGGACUUCCUGCUGCGUGUCCCAUCUCCUGUCAGACCAGCGAGGGACUGAAGGACUUCCUCACUGUGCUGAGAAGCAGUGUUCAAACGCUGUGUGGUGACCCCCUGUCUGGUGCCCCCACCCUCACCCAGUCUCGCCACAGGGCCCACCUGCAGCAGUGUGUGGCAGCUCUGGGUCAGUACCAGCGGUACAGAGACUUUGACCUCGCUCUGGCAGCGGAGGGGGUCCGCUUGGCUCUCACCAGCCUGGGCAGGAUCACCGGUCGGGUCGGGGCCGAGGAGAUCCUGGAUAUCAUCUUCAGAGAAUUCUGCAUUGGAAAAUAGAAAACAGAAAGUCCAGGUAAUGAGUGGGCUCAGAGAGGAAGACUACAAUCCGAGCAUCAUUGAGCAAACUGGAAGACAAAGGGCACACGCUUGGCAUCUUGCCUGGCUUCCUUACGCCAUGUGUGCUCUUGGCCGUGGCAACUUCUGAAGCUAAAUGUUUAUUUUGGCCUUUUUUUAUCAGGCUGAAAUAGUUUUCGGAUUAUGACAGUGCCUCAGGGGCCCAAUAUACUGAGCAAGUGUUUGGAAAGUGUUAAGUCAUCGUCUAAAAUGUUUGCUAGGCUCGAGUAUCAUCCCCCAGGGUUGCACGGUUACAGUAAAAACAUUUAACAAUGAGGUCAGCCUCUCUGAGGUCAACCCAGGGAGGUCAGCAGAGGAUAUUUACUUUUACUGCUGAAAGGUGGUUUUUAUUUUUUUGCCGUUUCCUUAAGUGAAGGUGGUAGAGGUGAGGGAGGCUGUGCAGCUUGCUGAUAUUAAGUGAAAAAAUGUCCAAAUUUAAACUCUUAAGUUAAUCGACUAUAAAAUUGAAGAUGUGUUUAGCUCUCGUGAAGUUAAGGAAUAAGAAGUUCUGUCAACAUUUUAUGAUGAUGGAUUAUAUUAAAGAUUACUCCUCACAUGCAAGAAUUACAAAUAAAGAUAAUUGUAUAAUUGUAUGUUUAGAAAUGACAGAGUUGCAUCAGUUUUAGUUAAACCUUGAAAAUAAAGUUGUUUAAAUGUU